AUGCAGGCGUAUAUACCUAUCUAUGCUUUUCAUCUUGUGCUUGUUUCAGUACGUUGUUGUCAACCAAAAUGCGCUGACGAAGAAUGCUAUGCUGUUAAUCACGUUGUGCAGUCAUCAAACGAACCGCAUGCUAGCCACUACCACUAUUAUCCAGAAAGCGGAUCACAUGGCUCUAGCCGUGAGGAAGCUCGCUUACUUCAACCUGAUAACAAUGUAAAGUCAAAUGAUCAUCUUCCCUCACUUCUAAGAUUUUCAAAAGUUCCAGCAGAUGAUCAGCAAAUUGAGAUUCCUCAGAACGUCGACCAGCAACCAAAAAUAGAGCAAGCUAUGCCUGAGACUGUAAAAACAAAGAAAGAAUGCUCAAGAACAAUACGAAAUCAAAAAGAUUUGGAAGCUUGUACAGUGACUGCGUCUUUUAAUAAUCGUGCUGAUUUAGCUAUUCACGGAAAUCUUACUUGUACAUUCGAUUUAAACGCCAACUGCAAAUUUUAUUCGGCUCCGGAAGAACCGAUACAGUGGAAAAAUGGUCAUUUUAUCGCAUCAUAUGCUGAGCUUGCCGAGAGUCUUGGAGAAUUAGUGGGGCGUCCACACGGAAAAUAUCCAGAUGGCAGUUUUAUAUACGUCACUGCUCAGGAACACCAAAGUGACACUGGGAACGCCGUACUAAGAGCCGAUAUUCCAUGCCAAAUUGGUGACGGGCGGUUACGUUUCGAGUAA